AUGCUCCCAACCACCGCGCAGAGUCUUUGUUGUAGCGUUGGACACACAGUAUACCGGAUGAGGUCGAUCGUCGACCGGAUGCGGUCAAUGAAAACAUGGUUGACGCUAGGCUUAACCAAGGAAUACAGCACAAUAGAAGAAUUCCUGGAUUUCAUUAUCGAAUCUGAUUCCUGCUUCACUUCCCCUUCUCUCGAGUACGGAGAAUGGGCUGUGUGUUUGGGCGAGCCCGACCAGCGACUGCAAGAUGUACGAUCCAGCACGGGACUCGUGGGAGGCUCAGCGCGUCCCCGACAAACCCGCGCCACCUGA